CUGCUGUAAUUAGCCCAAAAGUUGGUUAGCAACAACUGGAACAAUAUAAUAUAGAAUGAUGAAAAAUGAUGGGGAUGGGCAGCGAUGCUGAACCGUAAACCGCCUCCGAAUCGCCAUUAAAAUUCUUAUAUUCAUCUUUGCAAGGGGAAAUCGAAGAGGGUAUUUGCGGCGUUCUUCAACCAACAUCGAUCAAUAAACAAUCAAUCGAUGUUUAUUAGUCGACAUUGUUGCACUCAAUCCAUUGCUUCAACCCAAAGCUGCAACCCUCACGAAACCCUGUUCAAGGACUAAUGAAGACCUACAGUGAAGGAACAAAUAAUCAAAUACUGCAUGUAUUUGUAAACUUUUGUUGUGUCUUGUAAUAUAAAACAUGGGGGAUCAAUCCAUCGUUGAUGAGAGUCAAAAUCCGUUGCAUAUUCGUACAGUAGCCUCAACAAAUAAAGCCAUGACUACUGAUGUUUCUUCUCAUAGGAUGGAUCUUUAUGUUGUAUCGUCACCGAGAAAAUUAGUGCAAUGCAGAAUCUGCCAUGACGAUGAUCAAGAUUCGAGCAUGGAGAUGCCCUGUGGAUGCCGUGGCAGCCUUAAGUAUGCUCAUCGUAAAUGUGUUCAGCGAUGGUGCAACGAGAAGGGAAACACCACUUGUGAAAUCUGCCUUCAACCAUUCAAGCCUGGUUAUACAUCACCGCCUCAACUCUUCCACUAUGGCAGCGUUCCAAUGAAUUUCCGGGGAAACUGGGAGAUUUCCAGAAUUUCAUCUAUGGUUGACACUUCCUAUGACUCAUUAGAAUUUGACUUCGAUGAGUACACAGCUCCAAGUUCAACAAGCCUUUUUUGUUGCCGUAUAGUUUCCAUAUUCUUUAUCACUCUACUGGUGUUGCGCUACACGCUGCCAAUCAUCAUCAAAUUAACCGGAGCAUACUCUAUUGAACUUGUUAAUGGUCAUUGGCAUUCUGCUGCCGAUAUGUAUCAUGGCUAGAGCUUUUACUGCUGCCCAGCAUCUACAUCGUCAUCAACAACAACCGGAUCUGUCACAAACAGAGUCUCAGCCAAAUCUGAUUCAUGUUCACUAGGAAAACGGUUGCUGUUUUUGCAUGAUUGUGCUGGGUUCUGCAAGUUGCUUCUAUCGUCGAUCAUAGCUCCGUUUUAUUUCUCAGAUUUGCAGUUAAUAUUAAGAUUUAAUCAGUUAUUGCUGUGUAUGUAUAUACUGACUCAAAAUAUUGGAGAAGACCAGUGAUUUAUACCCUGCAAAUAUGAGAAAAGUGUUCAGUGCUA